AUGGUUUCAUGGCAUACAACAAAGGAGACCAAGUUCUCUGGGCGCAAGUGCAAGAGCGCCGGCGUGGUGCUCGCGGCGCUGAGUGCGAUGACUGGAGGUGAGGAGAGGGAGAGGGGCUCUGUAACCGCUGCGGUUUUUGUGGGUGGUACCGUUGUUGUUGUUGCCGUUCCUGUUGUUGGUGUUGGUGUGGGAAAUGGCGCUGGCGUCGUCGAAGUUGGCGUUGGCUUGGGGGUUCGUAGAGGGGCGUACGGCCAACAAAACUGUACGUGGGUCUAUGUUUUGUGCGAGUGUCCAUCGUGA